GCCUAGGCAAAGACAAGUCGAGAAUUAAAUCCUGGCCUUUACCUCAUACAUCAUCUCAUGGUUACAUUUACACCAGCAUCACUGCUUAGAUGAGCCCCAAAACUACGAGUCAUCUAGGACUUGCAGGAGACCAUUGCCAAUAUCUGAACCCUCUUUUUGUUAUAUUAAAGGUCGUCCCCGAGCACUCUUGAGAGGGAAGACCUCCUUCUUUCCACAGAUGUCAGACAAGCAAGAUCAACUAUUUCUAUCAUCAUCCCCCAUCAUCCUCACUCAGUCACAAAACAGAGAAGAAACCACAUCAGAGGAAGUCGAAAUAGCCUCCAAACUCCCCAUAGUGAUAACAGCAUCGACAACACCAACCGUAUCCCCUUCAACGUCUCCUUGGCUGAGAGCAUCAGUGCACUUAGAGGAAAAUUCCGAGACAGAGAAAGAGCAAGACACGAGAAAGAUGUCAUCAUAUCAUUCCAAAUACCCUCACGACUCGAGCUCUAAGAAGCAUUCCUCAAAGUCUAAGUCUAAGGCGAAGGCUAAAAACGACGACUGGACUGACGUGACGGAGCCCGAGGAGAGAAGACGUAUCCAGAAUCGGAUUGCGCAGCGCAAAUUCCGCGAGAAGCAAAAGGAGCACAAGGAGCGUACCGAACGAGAUGACCGCAACCAGGAGAAUGCAGGGGGUAGUUAUCGUGUCCCCGCCGCGGAUGAUCUCGGCCCAGGCGAUGAAGAGCUGUCCGGAUUGCCCUGGGGUGGUGUCAGCAUGAUGCACGUUGUUGCACGGGGCCACGAAAGCGAGACUCGGCGCGGCAGCGCCAGGGAUAACAACACACAUGAUGUCUCCCAAUACUACAACACACACUCUGGCUAUUACACAUCAUCUUCUCAGCAGCAGCAGACUGCAAGCUGGGGCAGCCAGGGAAGUAGCGGUGGAGAUGACCGCUACCAGGACCAGCAAUACUAUUAUGAUUAUGACUACGACCAUGACUACGAUCCCAACAGUGGCGAUGGGUCUUCUUACCAGACCUAAACGAAACAUCACAUUGCCCCGUUGGACAGCUCUCCUUACCUGUUACCGAAUCCAUUACAGCCAGUUGUUCAGACUGCGAACAAUGACGUUUGACGAACUGUUAGCCCUUGGUUGGGGCUUACUAGGAACAGUGUGAUACGAAAUCGUAACGAUGUACAUGAGAACUUUGGAUUUUCUAGGUGGCCUCUUCUGCUUCCCGCUUGUGGCUGCCUUAGCCCAGCUUUACUUUCUUCCCUCUUCGCCUCCUUUCGUUUUCACAAUAGAUUCACGGCACUACAUAGAUACUUUCGGGUUGGCAAUCAUAUCUGAUUCGUUUUCUUUCUUCCAUCUUUUUUUCUUUUCCUGUUCUUUUCUAUGUUUCUGCUCUCUUCUUUCCUUUCUUUUCUUAUCCCUCCCUGUCCCUCGAUGGUCCAAUCAUGAUCUUGUUCAGAGCAGGGCACGGGCGUGUUAGGGCUGAUUUGGGUCAUAUGAUUCGUGGAUGGGCAAACAAACUAGAGGUACACCUAGCACGGUCUCCUUGUACAAUAGUCUUUUUUUUUACUGCAUAGAUCUAUGGGAUUGGG